AUGGUUUCAUUGUGGUGGAGUCAAAGUGCUUUGGAUGAGCAGAUUGACAAAGCAACGUCCGAGCUCUUGCCUACCAAUCAGGAAGACAUUGCACUUCAUUUUACUAUCAGCGACCACAUACGAAGCAAGAGGGUGAACAGCAAAGAAGCUAUGCGUUCUCUUAAACGGAGGUUGCAACAUAAAAACCCAAACGUGCAGUUGGCUGCUUUAUCGCUUACCGAUACGUGUGUCAAGAAUGCUGGUGAUGCGUUUGUCCGAGAGAUUGCUAGUCGAGAAUUCAUGGAGACUCUUACUAUGAUUUUACACUCUCCGGAUUGCAACUUGGACGUCAAGAAUAAGAUCCUUGCUGUCAUCCAGACGUGGGCUAUCGCUGCAAAGAACAAUCCAAGCCUAAAUUACCUGACCGACACCUACCACUUGCUUCAGCAUGAACGAUUUCAAUUCCCGCCAUUGAAUGAACACGUUAAUGCAUUGCUCCUGGAAACCGCAGCACCACCUGAAUGGACCGAUUCGGAUGUAUGUGAACGUUGCAGAACACCAUUUACAUUCACCAACCGUAAACACCAUUGCCGAAAUUGUGGUGGCACUUUUUGUCAAGAAUGCUCUUCCAAGAAUCUACCCUUACCCCAUUUGGCCAUCGAUGAUCAUGUCCGUGUAUGCUAUGGAUGUUAUAUCAAGCUAAAGCUCUCUCGUGUUGCGAAAAAGGAUCCUCUACCACAACAACAAGAGCCAACACCAAAGAGCACAACGCGGCAUGAACAAACUCCUACGUCUGCUCCUGUUGUCAAUGAAUCGGAGGAUAAGCAAUUUGAGGAGGAUCUGAAGCGAGCAAUUGAGUUAUCCAAAGCAGAGGCGGAUCAGCAUCAUCAUUAUGCACCAUCAGUGGCUGCUGUUGUCAAGGAUACAGAUUUGGGAUCGACAACACAAUAUGGACUGAAUGGCAUCAAGGAAGAGGCGGCAGAGGAGGAGGAUCCAGAACUAGCAGCAGCCAUUGCAGCUUCUUUACGUGACAUGGAGGAUGCACAAAAGACCGAACUCGAGUAUUAUAAUCAGCAGAGCAGUUCACGAAGGACAAAUAUGGAAGAGCUCUCGAAUACAGAAAUGGACAACAUUGAAUUAUUUGCGACGUUGAUGGACCGAAUGAGCGCGACUGCAGUAAACAACAUCGGGACGGAUGAGCAAAUCAAUCAACUCUACACCCAAAUCGCGACCUUGCAACCAAAAUUGGUUAAAAACCUUGAUGAUGCAAUUCAGAGGCACAAUAGGUAUUCAAUGUUGCACGAGAAAUUGAACAAUGCAGUGAGAACGUAUGAUCGACUACUUGAACAAAAGGUAGCAAGUUCCUAUCAGCGCGUAUCCAGCGCUUCAUUACAGCAACAACAAUAUGGUGCACCACAACCGGUUUAUAAUGCUGCAGCUGCUCCACAGCAAUACCCUGUUUAUUCGCAAACGUCUUCUCAAUCCUUGUAUCCAAGUAUGCAACCUCCCAAUGGAGAAAGAUCGUAUCCUGGUCAACCAUCGCCAUACCAACCACCACCCUUUGCAACAUCCCCACGACCAACAACAUUAUCACCCACUGCACCGUCUCACGGGAAUCCCUUAAGCGGUAUCCACCCUCCUACUUCGAUGACUAUACCCACGCAACAAGAUCCAACACCAUCCGCGGAUCAACUUGAACAACGUCAUUUUCCACAAACAGUUUCAGCUGUGGGAGACAAUCAUCACGUUUCGUACAACUAUGAUAACAAUCUUGGACGAUGGGUGACGACCAAUGUGUCACAAAUCCAGCAACAAAUGCCGCCACCACCCGCGCCACAGCAAGUGAUGAACCUUCCUCCUGCACCUACACAUGUCCCUCAACAACAACAGCAACAGCAACAACAAGCUGCAAGACCACAAGUGGAGGAACCCUCAUUGAUUGAACUUUGA